AUGACCAGCUUUGCUAUAUCAUUAGCGCUAUUUGCUUGCACAGUUAUUGCGUUUCAACUUGACUUCAAAGUUCAAAAACAAGAGUUUCAACCACAUGCACCAACAAUACUUGACCAACGAGAUUUCCAUCUCCUCUUUCGUGUUCUACAAAAUGUCUACAUUACAGAGUUGGAAAUAGGUUCAAACAAUGAUAAAGUAUCUGUUUCAAUAGACACGGGAUCACUGAGCUUAUGGGUGAUGUCAAGUUCAGUGGAAUGUUUGAAUGUGUCUCAAUUCCACACAGAAAAUGCCCCUACAAUUCCCAAGGUACUUGAUGAUCUUUAUCCAAACUACACAUGUACGGCAAAUGGGACUUACAAUCCUAAUGAAUCAGAGACGUUUGUUGAAACAAAUCAAGUUUUCAAUAUAGGGUAUGCCGAUGGUACCGGAUCAUCUGGAUAUUGGGGGCUUGAUGAUUUGCAUAUUGGGAAUGCAACAGUCCAUAACUUCAAGUUUGGCAUUGCCAAUAUCACAAGUGUUGAUGUUGGUAUAAUGGGAAUUGGUUGGCAAGAGUCAGAUGAUGACAAUUUUCCAAAAAUGCUUGAAAAGCAAGGAAUAACUAAUAGUUCAAUUUACUCGAUAUACAUGACCAAUGAAACGGGAGUGGUUCUUUUUGGAGAUGUGGAUAAUUCGAAAUAUACAGGUGAAAUGGCUACUACUAAUAUGACCAAGGCUGGUACUCUAGAAAUCGAAAGUCUAAUGCUUGAUGAUGAGAAGAUACUGGUGGUGGGAACGGAGAAAGUUCUUUUUGAUACAGGAGCCACAUUUUCCGCAUUUCCUCGAGAAUGGAUUGAGGCGAUUGCCGAGGCAAUAGGUGGUAGAUAUAAUACAAAUGCACUGGUAUAUGAUAUCGGUUGUGAUGAGGAGUAUGAUCAGAUGUUGAAGUUCACGAUAAAUGGCACUGAAUUGUCAUUUCCGUUGACGGCUCUAGUUUCACAUGUUAGCAGUACAUCAGAGGAAACAUGCGUGUUAGCGAUAUUGGAUCAGCUGAUAAUAGGUGGUGUUUUAUUUGGUUCUGAUAUCUUGCAAAAUUUCUACACUGUUUAUGAUUUUGAAAACGAUAGGCUUUCCAUUGCUCAAUUAGGUGAAGAUGUGAAUGCAGACCAGCAGAGUUCAAGUAUUUCGAACGAAGGGGCAAGUAAGACUAAUGAAGCACACUCUGUUUUACCAUGGUCAUAUUUAGAAAUAUUUUUGGUAUCGGUCUUUCUUUUUGUUCUUUAA